AUGGCCAUUGAUCAACCUGUGCGAUUGAAAGGUGCUCCUGGAUCGCCUUAUACAAGGAAAAUGCUGGCUUAUCUGCGUUACAGACAUAUUGGUUACCAGUUCCUGAUCGGCAAUCAUGCUACAGACCUGGGGCUGCCUGAGCCAAAAGUUGAGUUGUUACCCACAUUUUAUCUGCCCGACGAGCGGGGUGACUUGCAGGCGGUUGUUGACUCAACGCCGCUGAUCAGGCGCUUUGAGGCGGAAGUCGACGGACGCCACGCUCUACCGGAUAACCCGGUGCUCAGUUUUGUUAAUUAUCUGAUUGAAGACUAUGCAGAUGAAUGGCUGACCAAGGCGAUGUUUCACUACCGCUGGUAUUACGAAGCUGACAUAAAGAUGGCGGGCACAAUAUUGCCGCUGUGGCGAUCGAUACAGAUGUCUGACGAACAACUGCAGAAAAUGAGCGCUUAUAUCGCCGAGCGUCAGAUAUCGCGCCUCUAUGUGGUGGGCUCUAACGACAUAACGGCUCCGGUGAUCGAAGACAGCUACAAAAGAUUUUUGCAGAUUUUUGACCGACUCAUUCAAAAACAACCAUUUGUGCUGGGCCGUCGCCCGAGUUCUGCUGACUUCGGGGUGUAUGCGCAGUUGACUCAACUGGCCAAAUUCGAUCCGACACCUGCAGCGCUGUGUAUGCAGGUAGCACCGCGCGUACACGCGUGGACAGAUUUGUUAGAUGAUCAAAGCGGGAAUGCUGCUUCAGCAGAUGCCUGGAUGUCGAUUGAUGAUGUGCAGGCGACACUGGCGGAGCUGUUAGCUGAAAUCGGUCGUGUUUAUGUCCCGGCGCUGUUGGCGAACGCAGCUGCUCUGCGGUCAGGUGAAGCACAGAUGCAAACCACCAUUGAUGGCAGAGCCUGGCAGCAGCCGGUGUUCCCUUAUCAAGGUAAGUGUCUGCAAUGGAUUAACGAGGAAUAUCAGCGCCUGACAACGUCGGAUCAACAACAGGUUAACCAUAUUCUGGCAGGCACAGGGUGCGAGGCACUUCUGAUGACUGAUUUGUGA